UGGUGCUCUGAAACAAGCGUCCGACAAGAAUCAAAUGCACCCAAUUGACCUCAAACAAUAAUAACGAUCUGAGCAAUCUCAUUUCAGAUUUGCUCAUUAAUAAUUGUGACCAUUAAACAAAGAUCACCAAAUCUGUACUCUUUCUCUUUUUUUCUCACCUUGAAAAAUCUCGUGUGGGUUUCACCCAUUUGGAGUCAAUGCACCGGCUCUGGUGUUCUUCUCCUCCUCGUCCUCCUCCUCCUCCGUCAUCUUUCUGGUCUUUGGAUUGGAUCUGAGAGGCUCUCUUUGCUCUGGCGCCGAAUAUGCCUCAAGACAGUCGGAGAUCAAUUGGGUAUAGGUCCUUUGUCACAUGCGAUGAUCCUAAGGGAGUUGUAGAUUGUGGGGCAAUCAGAAGAUCCAAGACCAGUUCUCGCAAGAUGGAGCAGAGUAUCGAACGACGGAGCAUAAUAAAACAAUCGAAUAAGUCCUCGGCACGCACGACAGAGAGGGAAGAACUGGUCAUGAGACGGACGGCGGAAGAAUUCGGAGGACCAACCUCCUUUCAGCUGCUAGAGGUGUCCAGGGGAGUUCAGAAGCUGAAUAAGAUGAUAGAAACAUGGUCAAAGGGGCUAACCUUUGAGGGGCAGUGCAAAGAUAACAUUGCAAAAGACUUGUUGAAAGGAGCUCUUGAUCUGGAGGAGUCUCUGGCGAUGUUGGGGAAGCUGCAAGCGUCUACGAAAUAUGUGGCUCGGUUGAAGCAAAAACAAGAGAAUUCUGAGGGUGCACAAGGAGAUGAGAUGGGGUUUGGGAAAAGGAAGUCUGACCUAUUUGAAGAUAGAGAUCGAUUCUUGGGAUUAAAGAAGCCACAACUCUUGGGUGAUGGAUCUUCAGAAAAUGAUGUUGAAGAGCUCAGGAAAGUGAUAAGAGAGAGCUUUGCUAGGCAAAAUCUGCUGCCAAGCCCUGUGUAUGGAGGGGAAGAUUAUUUUCAUCGACGAAACACUGACUCGGUUUCUAGUAUGCCGUCUACUAGCUCAAGCCAUUCUUCGACAGUUCGUAGUGACAGCCUUGAUUUCACUAAUUCCUCACUUCCAUCUGCGACGUCAUGGGAAAAGGCAAAAUCCCCGAGUGUCGUUGCCAAGCUCAUGGGUUUGGAAGAGUUCCCUUUCAAAUUAGCUAAGAGCCCUCCAAGGAAAAUGUUGGAGCCCCAUAAUUCUUCUCUUCAGGAGAGGCCUGUUUUCAAUGGAGUCAUUCCGAAGAUGAAGAAGCCUGAGAAUAAAGUUCAAAACAUUGAUAUGGCGCAGAGUACACUCAGAGAAAUAGUUGAUACCAUGCAACUUAAAAGGCUUUUGAGAAGCAAUAUUUCUAGAAAGAUGAAACCUCUUUCACAGCUUUUCGAUGAAUGCGAUUCCGAGGAGUGCCCUGUAAUUGAUGUUCCUCCUAUCGUGCUUAUGAUGCCUAUCAGCUUACCGUACUCAGAAGCAAAGGAGAACCUUUCAAAGAGAGAUGGAGUCUCAAACCCACAAUCAAUGCUCAAGAUGGUGAAAUUGAAAGAAGAACAUGCUUCAAAACCAAUGGAUCCGACAGGAGGGGCUCAGAAUUGUGAAAACUUGAAUACCAUGGAAGAAGAGGAAGACACUUCAGUCACUAGGCCUACCCAGCGAGGAGGAGAAAAGAAGUUCAAGGAGGAUGAUAGAAAAUCAACCAAGGAAAAAAUAUUAGGAAAAAGUUUGAAGAAGACGAAACGACCUGCCCCUGCAAGCGAGCAACCACUCAAAAAAGAGGCAAUUGGCCAGAGACCCAGUGAAAAUGAAAAGGAAAUGAAGAAGGAGGUUUCGAAGUCUAGAAGUAGUCCACAGUCUCAGGAUACUACCAAGGUCACCAGUGCAAAGCUUGUGAAUCCUGAAACUGAAGUAAACAGAAAGAAGAAUAGAUCUCCUCAACAUGGUACUAACUUGAAGACCAAAUCAAAACCUGUUACACAUGCUUUGCCUUGUAACCAGGAUGAUCUAAAAAGGGUUCAGACUCAGAGGACAAAGCAAAAGCCGGCGAGGGAGAAGAAAGAGCUCAGACCAUCCAAGAUGAAUGACAGAGAAUGUAAAGACCACGGAGGGAAGACUGAUCUUAGCACCGAAACUAACUCUGUUCAGAUUGAGGCUAUCUUUAGCCAUGUGGAUCAACAAAUUAUGCUGCAGAACGAAAAUGCCUCGGAUCUAGAGGCUGGAGAGGAUUUCAGCAAUGGCCAGAAUAACAGUACGCUUCCAACCCUCCAAUACGAAAGAGACGCUGGUUCAGCUGCAAAAGCCUGUGAUCACAUCUCGCAAAGUGAACAUGAGGAGAGCUAUAAAAGAAGAUGCUACGUGAAAGCUAUCCUAUUGAACGACCCAUCAUUUGUUGCUCAUGCACAGGAGCUCUUUGAAUCCGCGCAAUGUCCAACAGUCCUUGAGGGCUAUGAGAAGUCCUAUUCUGGAUCGGCUGAUGAGAGACUCUAUUUGGAUUUCGCGAGAGAACUCAUUGACCACAAAAGCCUUCAGGCUUGCCAAAAGUCUUAUUUCCUGUUAACAACCCUUCAAGGGACCUCCAGGAUUUGCAUUUCUAUGGACAAGCUGUUGGAAGAGAUUUGUGACGGAAUCGACGAUCUGAACGACUGUUGCAAGUUUGCCUCUGCUAAACUUUCCGUGGAUGGCCUCUAUGCAGUGCUUAAGAGAGAUAUAUGGAGCAAACGCAUGGCAAACGGAACAUGGGAAUCGGGAUGGAGGAACGGGUACUCUUUGCAUGAUGCCGAACAGGUUGUUAACGACAUUGAAAAUGUUCUUUUCAGUUGGUUGAUCGAGGAAGCGGUCGAAGAGCUCAGCAAUCUACAUUGCGAGUGAAAAUUUGAUAGGUCGGUCUCGGUCCUUUCUUUUCGACUAUUUUCUCUCGUGAAGCUUCCCAUGAGCGUGAUCUUCAGCUCUACAAUGAUGGUGAAAUCGAGUAAGUUUGGUCUCUUGAAACCGAAAAGUCAAAGGAAGGGUCAAGGAUUUAUAGACGUGUGCUAAGAGGAUUCAGAGUCCUUGGCCUUUGGUCUUUUGCAGAACAUUCGACUGUACCAUUGCUUGUAAAUGGAUAUGUCCUUGUAUGCAAAUUGCCACUGUAAAAAAGGAGGGAAAAAGGAAAGGAAAAAAAAAAAAAAAAGAGAGUCUGAGAAGAGUCAUGUAUACGUGAAGCUACCCAUUUAGGAUUUAGCCCAACAUGGGAUGGCAAAAACAUGUGAGGUUUGUUCUGUUUGAGUUUCUGGUCCAGGUGACCUUGAUAUGGAUACUAUCUGAUACCUCAAAGAAAUACUAUCAAGUCAAAGUUUGCUC